AUAUUUAUAUAAGUAUAUUUAUAGUUAUAAAAAAUUCAUACAAUGAGUGAAUGGCCACUUGAAUUUACUUUGCUUAGUAAGUGUUCAAAAAGCAGAGCCAGAGCAUCAAUUGUCAAGCUUCCACAUUUCUCUGUAGAAACACCAGUAUUUAUGCCUGUUGGUACACAAGGAACGAUGAAAGGACUUACCUGCGACCAACUUGUUAAUCUUGAUUGUCAAAUAAUUUUAGCAAAUACUUACCAUUUGGGAAUGAGGCCAGGAGCCGAGCUUCUAUUGAAAGCGGAUAGACUGCAUAACUUUAUGGGAUGGAAUAGAGCUUUGCUUACUGAUAGUGGAGGUUUUCAAAUGGUAUCAUUAAUAGAGUUAUCAGAAGUCAGUGAAGAAGGUGUUAAAUUUAAAUCACCCUAUGAUAAUAAAGACAUUCUGCUUACUCCUGAAAAAUCAAUUGAAAUUCAAAAUGCAAUUGGUGCUGAUAUCAUGAUGCAACUAGAUGAUGUAGUUGAUGUUAAAAUUAAAGGAGACCGUGUAAAAGAAGCCAUGCAUAGAUCCAUUCGUUGGCUUGAUAGAUGUAUAAUGGCAAAUCAGCGCAAACAAUAUCAGAAUUUAUUUCCAAUUAUUCAGGGUGGUUUAGACUUGCAACUGAGAACUGAGUGUAUAAAAGAAAUGGUUAAAAGAAAUAUGCCAGGCUAUGCCAUUGGUGGAUUAAGUGGAGGUGAAGAAAAAGAAGAGUUUUGGAAGGUUGUGCAUCAUUGCACUGGACUAUUGCCAAAAGAUAAACCAAUCUAUGUGAUGGGUAUUGGUUACGCUGUUGAUCUUGUUGUGUGCAGUGCUUUGGGUGCUGAUAUGUUCGAUUGUGUAUACCCAACCAGAACAGCGAGGUUCGGAACAGCUUUGCAUAGGACUGGUCAACUUCAUAUGAAAGCUAAAAAAUUUGCAACAGACUUCACACCAAUAGACGAAAAAUGUUCCUGCAGUACUUGUAAGAUGUAUACUCGCUCAUUUAUUCAUAGCUUGAUCGGCAAAGAGGCUGUUGCUUGUCAUUUAUUAACUGUACAUAAUAUAAGAUAUCAAAUGGACUUAAUGGCUGCAGUGCGGAAAAACAUAAUUAACGACACUUUUGAAUCUUUUGUACAACAAUUUAUGCUCGAAAUGUUUCCCGAGAAAAACUAUCCGACCUGGGUUAUAAAUGCUCUUAGUGCUGUAAACAUUUUUCUAAUCAGUUAAAAGUGGAAAUUCGUUUAUAUAGUUAUAUAAAUUUAAAAAAAAACAUUAAUAUUGAUA